AUGGCUUUUGGGGAGAUUCUGCAGGCCAUUGGAGAAUUUGGAAUUUUCCAGAAGCUCAUACUUUUUGGAUUAACUCUUCCAAAUAUAUUUAUGAUUGCUUCUCUGUGUAGUUUUCUUUUCAUCCAGUCUGAUCCAGAGACACAUUGUAACACGGACUGGAUCCUCAAGGCUGCUCCCAACCUGACGUUGGAGGAGCAGCUGAACCUGACCGUUCCUCUGGAGCAGGAUGGUUCUUUCAGCAGGUGUCGCAUGUUCGAUCCAGUGGACUGGGACAUCGGAUCCAUCAGAGACCGUGGACUCAAUGAGACCACGGUGUGCCAGAACGGUUGGGUGUACUACGACACGACGUACGAGUCCACCAUUGUCACUGAUUUUGAUCUGGUGUGUGACAGGUCCAACGUACCUGCACUGGUGAAGACAGUUUUCAUGGCUGGUUGUCUUGUUGGUUCUUUCGUCUUAGGACCUCUUGCUGAAUCAUUUGGACGUCUGAGAACAACGCAGGUACCUGCCGUGCUCAUGAUGGCGUGCAGCUUCAUGGCCGGAGCGGCUCCAAAUAUCUAUGUCUACAUCGUGGCACAGUUCCUGGUUGGGAUUGGUUGCGGCGCAUAUCGAAUGAACUCCACUGUAUUAGCCACAGAGUGGAUAGGAGUCACCAAAAGGUCCUAUGCCUCCUGUUUGAGUCAAGUGUUUGCUGCAGUUGGACAAUGUUUCAUGGCUGGACUGGUCUACGCCAUUCGGAAAUGGAGAAUAGCUCAAUACGUGCUGGGAGCAGCUUAUUGCCCUUUGGUCUUCUACAUGUGGUGGAUUCCAGAAUCUGCCAGGUGGUUGUUGUGUCAAGGGAGAAUUGAGGAAGCAAAGACGCUGAUCAAGAAAGUGGCCUCAAUAAAUAAACAGGAAGUCCCAGAGAAUACUUUGGACUGCAUGCUAGAGGAACAUGAGGGAAAAGAGGUCGAAAGUGGAGCCAUGAAAAUGCUUUUAACCACAAGAAAGCUGCUGAUUUACUUAAUAAUUUCGUGUUUUUUCUGGUUUUCGUCAUUCUUAGGCUACAUUUGUAUUUCUCUCAGUGUUGGAACAUUUGGUUUGAACAUCUUCCUGGUUCAAUUUGUGUUUGGAAUCGCAGAAAUACCCGCACACUUUCUGUGCAUCUGGUUUUUGGAGUUGUUGGGAAGAAAAAUGUCUGUGAUUUUAACCCUCCUGGCAGGUGGCUUGGUCAGUGUCCUGACCGUGGCUUUCUCUCAAGACAAAGCUGUUGUUAUUCUCGCUCUUUUAACAACAGGGAAGUUCUUUUUGGACUGGAAUAUUUCGGUGUCUAUGGUCUACUCUCAGGAGCUGUUCCCCACUUCAGUCAGGCAAACAGCUGUUGGGUUAUUGUGCAUAGCUGGGCGAGUAGCUGGUCUCCUCUCUCCAUCAAUCAACAUGUUGGCCUUUUAUCACUGGUUUUUACCCAGCGUUAUCUUUGGCACCCUUUCAAUGCUUAGUGGAGUUCUGGGUUUCUUCCUCCCCGAAACCAGGGGCAAAGAACUGCCGGAUUCUACCCGUGAGGUUGAGGGCAACAAACACGGAGGUUUCCCACUCUGUCCCAAAAUGAAUUUCGGAGAGAUUCUACGGCCCAUUGGAGAAUUUGGAAUUUUCCAGAAGGUUAUUCUUUUUGGGUUAACCUUUCCGAACGUAAUACUGCCCAUGUCUUUUUCCAGUUUUCUGUUCAUCCAGUCGGAUCCAGAGAGACAUUGUAACACGGACUGGAUCCUCAAGGCUGCUCCCAACCUGACGUUGGAGGAGCAGCUGAACCUGACCAUUCCUCUGGAGCGGGAUGGUUCUUUCAGCAGGUGUCACAUGUUUGUUCCAGUGGACUGGGACAUCAGGACCAUCGGGGAACGCGGACUAAACGAGACCACGGUGUGCCGGAAUGGUUGGGUGUACUACGACACGACAUAUAAGUCCACCAUUGUCACUGACUUUGACCUUGUCUGUGACAGAUCCAACAUGCCGGAUGUUGUGCAGACAGUCUUUAUGGCUGGUAUUCUCUUGGGUUCUAUCAUUUUUGGACCUCUCGCUGAAUCAUUCGGUCGUCAGAAAACAACGCAGAUACCGGCUGUGCUCAUGUUAGUGUGCACUCUCGUGUGCGCCACAUCUCCAAAUAUCUACGUCUACAUUGUGGCACAGUUCCUGGUCGGCGCUGCUCUCGCAGGCUAUAGAAUCAACUCCACGGUAUUGGCUACAGAGUGGAUCGGGGCUACCAAAAGGUCAUUUGCCUCCUGUCUGGGCCAAAUGUUUGCCGCCCUGGGACAAUGUUUCAUGGCUGGACUGUUCUACGUCAUUCUUGACUGGAGAUCAAUAGAAUACGUGGCCGCAGGAUUGCACGCCCUUGUCGUCCUCUACAUCUGGUGGAUUCCUGAAUCUGCAAGGUGGCUCCUGGGUCAGGGAAGACUUGACGAAGCCAAGAGGUUGAUCAGGAAAGUUGCAUCGAUAAAUAAGCAGCAAAUCCCGGAAAAUAUGCUGGACUCUUUGGGAUGCGAGGGAGGAGAAACUAAAACCGGAGCAAUGAAUGUCAUGUUGACCUCAACAAUUCUACUGAAAUAUUUGUUCAUCAUAUGUUUUGCCGUGUUUUCACUCAAUCUGGGCUACUUCUGUCUUAUCCUCAAUGUGGGUGAGUUUGGCUUGAACAUCUUCCUGGUUCAAUUAAUCUUUGGAGUCUCAGAGAUACCCGCUCACCUUCUCUGCAUCUGGAUUUUGGAGUUAUUGGGAAGAAAAAUUUCUCUGAUUUUAACCCUUCUGUCUGGUGGAGUUUUUUGCCUCUUAACAUUGGCUUUCUCACAAGACAACGCAGUUGUUAUCAUGGCUCUUGUAACUACAGGCAAGUUCUUCUUGAAUGGGGCUGGUUCAGUUUGUAUGGUCUACUCUCAGGAGCUGUUUCCUACUUCUGUCAGGCAAACAGCUGUUGGCUUGGGCUCCAUUUCUAUGAGAGGAGCCGGCCUGCUCGCCCCACUGGUCAACAUGUUGGCCGUUUACACCUGGUCCCUACCCAUUAUUGUCUUCAGCAGUCUUGCAGUGCUUAGUGGAACUCUGGUUGUUCUCCUUCCUGAAACCAAAAGCAAAGAACUGCCCGAUUCCACCAGCGAUGUUGAGGGAAAACGGAAUAUGAUGGCCACAAAAAAAGAAAGUGACUCAAGGAAGAUUGAACACAACAGCAGAAAAUCCACCAAACUUUAGUUUACAUAUUGUUGGUCUACAAACAUCACUGAAUAAUGAAAAGGACGGUCAUUGAAAAUGUUCAAGCAGUGUUGGUGCAUCAGGGCUUGGUACUCUCAAUCAAAUAUAUUCAUUUUAGAAAGGGCAGGUCUUUUCCGGGUAAUAAGUAAUGAGGUUUGUUGUAACGUCUGUUUCUUAUAACAUUAUUAUUUUUGUCUUGCCCUUUCAAACACAGUUCUCCGGGUUCUUUCAGCUGUCCUAUUCUGAUGGGGCCAAUAAGGAGCCGAAGUUUCAUGUCUGCUGUCAUUGUUGCAGAGCAGAGAUUUGAAUAAAGUAGAUGUCAAUUUC